CAGCUGGAUGCAAACUAAAAUUGGUGGAAAACAAGAUAACAGAAAACCAGACACUUAUACAACUACUACUUAUGAUGGAAAACAAGAGGGUCGAGAAGAGUUUAGCGAUUGGCCUGAUGGCCUGCUAGCAAUUGGUACAUUUGGAAAUAACAAGGAAGCAAAAGAGAAGUGCAUCACUACUAAAGAGGAACCAUCCUCCUCUGAACAAAUCCCUGACUUCACUCCUGAAGAAAUCGGGAAGCUACAAAAAGAGCUCACUAAACUGUUGAGACAAAAACCCAAAGUGGAAAAGGAAAUCGCCCACCUUCCUUUGGACAGAUUCCUCAAUUGUCCAUCAAGCUUGGAGGUUGAUCGGAGAAUCAGCAACGUACUCUGCAGUGAUUCAGAAAAUAAAGAUGACGAAGAAGAAGUAGGAAAACAAGAACGAGAAGAAGAAGAAGAUGAUGAUGAUGAUGAUGAAGAAGAAGAAGACAUCGAGAAGACUCUCGGUGUCAUACUUGGUAAAUUCAAAGAGAUUUGUGCAAAAAACAGUAAGAAAGCAAUUGGGAAGAAAUCAAUUUCGUUUUUGCUGAAGAAGAUGUUCGUUUGUAGAAGUGGAUUUGCCCCAACACCCAGCCUUAGAGAUACCCUUCAACUACAGGAGUCAAGAAUGGAGAAGCUUUUGAGGACGAUUCUUCACAAGAAAAUAAACUCCCAGCAUUCUUCUCGGGCACUGUCUCUGAAGAAGCGACUGGAGGACAGGAAGAAGAUGCCGAUGGAGGAGGAAGCAGAGGCUGAAACUGAUGAUGGCUGUAAAUGGGUCAAGACUGAUUCUGAAUAUAUUGUUUUAGAGAUUUAACAAAUCCACCUCAACUUUUAACAUCUCUUUCUUUGCGUCUCUGUCAGAUUAAAUCAAGAAGCAAGGAGAUUAUACAAAGCAUUACGAGGGAGCGUGAAAUGAAGCUCAUUUUUUUUUAUGAGAGUUUAUCUGUGAUCUUGCACCGGCCUGAGUGCCUCGGAUCAUCACAGUCGAUCUCUCUGUUCUGUUAACAGCUACCCGCUUCCCUUUGUUUUUUUUUUUUUUUUUCAUGGUUGUUUCUGAGUAUGCAGAGCAACUCAUGUUAUACUUAAUCGUAAACACCAUAACUCCUAUCAACACCAAUGGCCAAACCUACACAUUCUGAACCUACUCUCUUAUCUGCUAAUUUCAUAUCUACUCUCCUUGUAAUAUCGCUGCCACUCAAUAAUAUUCACAACAUGGGCUAGUAAAAUACAAUUUCUAUUUUACUUUAAAAAUGUUACAUUUUUUUUUAUUUUUUAAAUGCAGUUUACGAUGUCUUUCAAUCACAAACUAUUGGACAAGAUAGGUUUUAUGUAAGUCUUAUAAUAAUUAUGCUAAAAUUAUUUCAAGAACAGUGACGAAAAAAGUCCUAGGGUUCUGCUUAAAAUGGAAUUUGACGUCGGAUAAGCCUUGGGCCGAUGUCCACCGAUGUCGGGGGUUUUGUGAGCCGACGUUAAGUUACGUCGAUAU